AUUUACUAAAGGGAUUUAGCUACAACACAAGGGAGUUUUGUGCUUUUAAAUAAUAUAAAUAAAGACGCAUCAUCUUCGGCUUCAGCAGCACACUCUACGUCUUUUGCAGCUGUUGAACUUCAGCCCCACAGUCACCGGCAUGUUUCCUCUAGACUCGCCGUGGAACAUCUCCUUCGCUGGCUGUGGCUUCCUCGGUAUCUACCACGUCGGUGUGGCCAGCUGUCUGCUGGAGCACGCUCCGUUCCUGGUGCACAACGCCCGGCACAUCUAUGGAGCAUCAGCCGGAGCUCUCACAGCCACUGCCCUGGUCUCUGGAGUGUGUCUCGGAGAGGCUGGUGCGAAUAUCAUCGAUGUUGCCAAAGAGGCAAGGAAGCGUUUCCUCGGACCCAUGCAUCCGUCCUUCAACCUGGUGAAGAUUGUGCGCCACAUGCUGCGCCACACGCUGCCGGCUGAUUGCCACCAUGAGGCCAGUGGGCGGUUAGGGAUCUCUCUUACCCGAGUGUCAGAUGGGGAAAAUGUCCUGGUGUCACACUUCAACAGCAAAGAAGAGGUGGUGCAGGCAUGUGUCUGCAGUGCCUACAUCCCAGUAUAUUGUGGCCUCAUACCUCCCACACUGCAAGGAGUGCGAUAUGUCGAUGGAGGCAUUUCCGACAACCUUCCUCAGUAUGAAAUGAAAAAUACCAUCACCGUGUCCCCGUUCUCCGGAGAGAGUGACAUUUGCCCCAGAGACACCUCGACAAACAUACACGAGCUGCGAUUCACCAACACAAGCAUCCAGUUCAAUCUCCCCAACCUCUACAGAGUCUCCAGGGCACUUUUCCCUCCAGACCCUAUGGUUAUGAAGGCCAUGUGUAAGCAGGGAUAUAAAGAUGCUCUGCACUUUUUAAAGAAGAAUGAACUGCUUCAUUUCAACGGACCUCACAGAGACAGACCCCUGCUAGCCAACCGUGAUGAAAAUGAGGAUUGUAACGAGGACGAUAAUCAGGACGAUGAAAACAAUGAAGAGGAGAAACAGUCACUCGUGAAAGAGGGAGCAGUGAUGGUUCAUUGCAGCUCCUCAAUAGAGGAGCAUAUCAUUGAACACCUUCCGCCCACCCUGCACAAAGCUCUAGUUGAGGCCUGCAUGGAGAGGAGGAGCCUUGUGCAGUCGCUAAGCAACAUGCUUCCUGUCAGGAUGGCCUCAGCCAUGAUGCUUCCCUACACGCUCCCUGUGGAGUCUGCUCUGUCCUUGACUCUCAGACUUCUGGAGUGGCUGCCAGAUGUGCAAGAAGAUGUAGGAUGGAUUCGAGAGCAGAUAUUAAAAGUCCUACAACAUGUUCUUCGCCAGGCCUCCAGAAGUAUUUCCCAGCAUGUGUCUGCCAGAUUUUUCUGCCAGCUGGAGCUGCACCACUACCAGUCCCUCCCAUCCCAGAUCAGCUCCACCAGCCUGUUUCCCACCUGGGUGAACGAGAGCAGUUCUUCAGUCCUGGAUGUCUUCAUGCGUCUCGACCAGUACAAGAGGCAGCUGUUGUCCGGAGUCCUGUGUAUCAACAUGGACCUGCAAGGUUCCUUUGAAACUAAACCGAUAUCACCCGAUGAGAGUCCUCCAUGCAUCAUCUCCCCAGAAGGCCUCUCAAUGCACUGACAUUGUAUGUCUAAUAUUCCACCUGCUGCCGACUCUGGAGAAACCAUCAGCAUCUCCUAAGAGAUGAAGUUCAGACUAACUUACUCUAGAUCCAGGGACACUUUGAGAUAAUUUAAAUCAGAUUUUAUUAUCUGUUUACAUCCUUACAUAAGCUGCCAGGAAGAAGUUG